AUGGAGCCUGAAAUAAACUGCUCUGAAUUGUGUGACGGUUUUCCUGGUCAGGAGCUGGAACGUAGACCCCUUCAUGAUCUCUGCAGAACUACAAUUACCUCUUCCCACCACAGCAGUAAGACCAUUUCUUCAUUAUCUCCUGCCCUCUUGGGUAUUGUUUGGACUUUCCUAAGCUGUGGACUUCUCCUCAUAGCCUUCUUUCUUGGCUUCACAAUUCGCUGCAGGAAGAACAGGAUUGUGAAGAUGUCCAGUCCCAAUCUGAACAUUGUGACCUUAUUGGGCAGUUGUCUGACUUACAGUAGUGCUUACCUCUUUGGGAUUCACAAUCAAGGUGCUUUAAUGGGAAGUUCAAUGGAAACUCUCAUUCAGAUAAGACUGUCCAUGUUGUGCAUUGGAACCUCCCUGGUGUUUGGCCCCAUUCUUGGGAAGAGCUGGCGACUCUACAAGGUGUUUACCCAGAGGGUUCCGGACAAGAGAGUGAUAAUCAAGGACCUGCAGCUUCUGGGGUUGGUGGCAGCCCUGGUGAUAGCUGAUGUGAUCCUGCUCAUGACUUGGGUGCUGACUGAUCCCAUCCAGUGUCUCCAGAUUCUCAGUGUCAGUAUGACGGUGACAGGGAGAGACGUGUCCUGCUCUCUGACCAGCGCACACUUCUGUGCUUCCCGGUACUCCGACAUCUGGAUUGCUCUCAUUUUGGGAUGCAAGGGCCUGCUGCUGCUAUAUGGGGCCUACCUGGCUGGCCUGACUGACCACGUCAGCUCUCCUCCUGUAAAUCAGUCUUUAACCAUCAUGGUUGGGGUCAACCUCGUGGUACUGGCUGCUGGGCUGCUUUUUGUGGUCACCAGAUACUUGUACUCCUGGCCCAACCUGGUCUUCGGACUCACGUCUGGAGGUAUCUUUGUUUGCACAACUACAAUCAACUGCUUCAUCUUCAUUCCCCAGCUGAAGCAAUGGAAGGCAUUUGAAGAGGAAAACCAAACAAUCAGACACAUGGCCAAAUAUUUCAGCACUCCCAGCAAAAGCUUGCACACCCAGUAUGGUGAGGAGCAGAAUUGCCACAUUAAAGGAGAGAAAAACUCCAUGGAGAGACUCCUCACAGAAAAAAAUGCUGUGAUUGAAAGCCUGCAAGAACAAGUAAACAAUGCCAGAGAGAAGCUGGUGAGACUGAUGUCAGCAGGGUGCUCCUCUGACCUCCCAGAGGAGGCUGUGCCACCUGCCUCUUCCCACCACAAGGACAUCCUAGCCGCAGCCUCUGCCCAUAGCCUGGCACCUCAAGGGCCUUCAGAAUGUCUCUCUGACUCUCCGAAUGAUACCAGUGCAGCCACCCAGGACUCCCAGAGCACCUCAGUGCUGGCCUCAAGUGUACAAGGCCUCAGGGGGCCUGUGAAGGACACCAGCCCCUCCACAGGGCAGAAGCAGAAAAUUUCUGACUUGAAAGACCUUUCUAAUCCUUUACAUUUGGGCUGCAGCCAGAAGCCAUGGGCUGAGCAAAGCCAGACUGCAGAAAGAGGAGACCAGGUACCCAUGGCCCUCCACCAGUGUCUCAUGCAAAGUGGAGAAGGCUCUGUUCCCCAGAGACACGGGCAGGUAGAGAACUCAGAGGGGCCCCCAGAGCAAAUGUCAAGAGUCAAUUCAGUGAUCAGGGAGAAACUUCAGGAAGUCCUCCAAGAUCUGGGCCUGGGCCCUGGGGCUCCCCUCCCCUCUUCCUUGACUUGUCCCCAGCAGCCCUGGAAGAGCAACACUGUCCACAGUCCCCAGAAGGUGCCCCUCUCCAAGGAGCGGGGCUUCAGCCCUUCCAUGGUGAGGAGAAGGAGGGCGGCACAGCGGGCUCGCUCACACUUUCUAGGCACUGUACCCUCCUAUGUCGGGCAUCGGGUAAACAGGGCCAUUUCUGGGCAAAAUGUACAGGACAGGGACAUCCCCUGCAUGGACCCCCAAACUGCUGAUCCCAAGGUAGCAAGACCCUCUUCUGGGAAUCCUUUAGUACUCCCUGCUCCUCGAGGCAAGCCAGGCGCCCUAGAGGGCCGCACACAGCUCCAGGCAGAGCCCCGGCGAGCUGAACAGAGCCUCGCAUCCUUUCCCCAAAAGUCUUCCAGUUCUGGCCGGAAGCUGUGUCCCGCUACCCCACGCCCAUUCAGGGCCUCCCCGGACCUGCCUGGGCAGCAGCAGCCCCCAGGGUCCCCAGGCUGCCCCUCCCUGUCUUCUCCCAGUAGCUACCUUGACACCGAAUCCAGCAGCUCAGACGAGCUCUUCUGCUGCUGCCACCGGCCCUACUGCGAGAUCUGCUUCCAGAGCUCCUCUGACUCCAGUGACAGUGGCUCGUCAGAUACCGACCCUGAGCCUGCGGGGGCGCUGGCUUCCUGGGAAAAGCUGUGGGCCCGCUCUAAGCCUAUUGUGAACUUCAAAGAUGACUUGAAACCCACACUGGUGUGA